UGAAAACCGGCAGAAAUCAACGUGUGGUCCAGGAGAAAAGAUGGCAGGACGUGUAGGGGGUGAAGCCUCCCCGAAAAAGAACACGUCUCUCAACCUGGUGGCGGGGUUCUUCCACUACCUCCGUGAUGAGCAGGAGGCAGUGCAGAAAAGAACAUUCACAAAAUGGAUCAAUUCCCACUUGGCAAAGCAUGUCCCGCCUCUGGAAGUGACGGACUUAUUUGAGGACAUCAAAGAUGGUGUGAUGCUUCUGGCUUUGCUGGAAAUCCUCUCUGGACAAAAACUGCCAUGUGAACACGGCAUGAAGCUAAAGAGGAUCCAUUGGGUCGCGAACAUCGGUACAGCUCUGAAGUUCCUCGAGGGUAGAAAGUCUGCCUACAGAGGAUCUCCGAUCAAAUUAGUGAACAUAAACUCAACAGACAUUGUGGAUGGACGGCCUUCGAUUGUACUGGGGUUGGUGUGGACAAUAAUCCUUUAUUUCCAGAUUGAGGAGCUAACGUGCAGCUUACCAGCACUCCAUGCCUUCUCCAGCAGCACCUCCUCACUGGACAGCUCCACCAGCAGCACUGACACCACCAGCCCACCUGUUAAAAGGAAGCCCCAGCCUCCUGUGCAGGGUGGAGCCAGAAAGGCAUUGCUGAGAUGGGUUCAGCAGACAGCUACCAAAUGUCUGGGGAUUGAGGUGAAGGACUUUGGCCCCAGCUGGCGGACAGGUUUAGCAUUCCUUGCAGUCAUCAAUGCUCUCCGACCUAAUCUAGUUGACAUGGAGCGUGUAUGGAAUAGGCCUAAUCGAGAAAAUCUGCAAGAAGCCUUCCUAUUGGCCGAGACUGAGUUAGGCAUUCCACAGCUUCUUGAUCCAGAUGAUGUUGAUGUAGACAAGCCAGAUGAGAAAUCUGUUAUGACGUACGUGGCCCAGUUCUUGAAACAUCAUCCUGACCAAAAGCAGAGCGACGCAGAGGGAGAGCCACACGAGGAGAGGGAGCAGCGAAAGAGCCUGAGGGAGCUCAAAAUGUGGCUCGACCAGCUGGAGAAGGAUACGGUACGGGCACGGGAGACGGAGGGCAGUCUUGCUCAACAGUACCAGUUAUUCAAGCGUCUGCAUGUCCAGUUGGAGAUGAGGCGGAAGCAGGUGGAGGGAGCUUUGCAGUCUACACAGCGGGACGGGAUGCUGACUGUGGAUCAGGCUCUGGUCAAACAGGCCUGGGAGAGGGUUUCCAAGAGGCUUCUGGACUGGCAUCUUCAGCUGGACAGGUCCCUGCCAACUCCUCUGGAUACAGUUGGGGAAUGGCUGCACGAGGCUGAACGAGCCCUGCGACAAGAAAUUGUCCUCCAGCAGGCACAUGACGUCACUGCCAGCACUGUACACAGAGCUCUGGAGCAGCACAAGGAUGUGUUGAAGAGCCUGGAGAGUCACCAGCAAGUCUUUCAGAGAAUUCAUAGAGACAGAAGUGUUGAUGGGGUCCCUGUGCCCCCGGAUCAGCUCCAAGACAUGGCUGAGCGGAUGAACUUUGUUUCUACAUCCUCUAACGUCCAUUUGGCUCGAAUGGAGUUCUUGGAAAACAAACACCACAUGCAGGCCUUCCUCACACUAGCUGAGUCCAAACUCAAAUCCUGGAUCAUUAAAUAUGGCCAACAGGAAUCUGUGGAGCUGAUGCUCCACAACUAUAUUUCAUUUGUGGAAAAGCAGCGUUUCUUUGAAAAUUACGAGAUGUUGUUCCAGUCUCUUAAACAAUCUGCAGAGGCCUAUGUGAGUGCGGACAGCUCAGUGGAUGAAGGUGAGAUGGGAGUACGAAGAUUUAUGCGGGAAGUGGUGAUUCAGUGGAGGAGUUUAUCCAUGGAAGUACGCAGCGUGAGAAGCAUGCUGGAGGAGGUGCUGUCCAACUGGGAGAGGUACACUUCCACCGUGGCGUCCUUACAGACCUGGCUGGAGGAUGCAGAGGAAGCUCUGAGCCAUCCAGAGAACUCUAAACGGGAGUUUUUCAGGAAUCUGAGCCAUUGGAUGGAUCACCAUGCAUCCAUGAACGACGCAGGGAAUUUUCUCAUUGAAACUUGUGAUGAGACUGUGUCACUUGACCUCAAGCAGCAGCUGCUUCUGUUGAAUGGACGAUGGAGAGACCUUUUCCUCCAAAUCAAACAAUAUGCCCACUCGGAUGAGUUGGAGAAGUGGAGAAAAGACCACCUGAAGGCUGUGUGGACCCUGAAAGAGCUACUCGACACGGCAGAAGCAAAGUUAAAUGCUCCUGUCCAGGUGUCCUUUGUCAGUGUCAAAUCCUUCCUACAGGAUGUGGAGAAUACCAAGCAAAAGGUUGUUGCCAUGGAGACACAAUACAAGUUGGCUGCCCGCAGUGCUCAGCUUCUUGCCAAGGAUGCACCACAGGAUGAGGCAACUAGGGUCAUGGUGACUAUGACAUCAGGCAAAAGUCAGCUUAGUAAGGUGAGAGAGCGGUGCCCCUCCCUGGUGAGGGAGUGUCACGUCCUUCUGCCACUACUAGAGGAGAUGGAGAAACACAUCAGUACUUUUUGCCAGGCUCUGGAGCGGGCAAGUCGCAUCCUUUCUGCUGUGAGGGAUCCAGGUUCGCAGGCACCUGCCCAGCAAAAGCUUAAGUGGCAGGAUCUGCUAAACCAGCAGCAAAGUUGCAAAAGAUGUCUGUCGGUGAUCGAGCGGAACCACCAAACCCUGCAGAGGAGUGUCAGCAACAGUAAGAUUCUGGGAAACUUUGACCUGUCCUUGCUGCAAAAGAGAGUUGCAGAAAUACAAGGAUCAUCACAGACAUUGCUGAAAGAGGUUGGGGAGUGGAGGAGGCAGGAAGAGGCCAACAACAGCCUGAGGAGGAGGUUUGAGGAAUCACGACAUGAGCUGGAGAAAGUACUGAAGAAAGCACAUGACUGCCUGAGAGAGACUGGAGACGCAGAAGAUUUACUGAAGAAACACACUGAUUUCUUUGGCCAGCUGGACCAGCGAGUGCUGAGUGUGUUCUUGAAAGCGUGUGAUGAGCUGACAGACAUCUUGCCUCAAGAGGAGCAACAGGGGCUGCAGGAAACUGUCCGUAGGCUGCACAAACACUGGAAGGACCUCCAAGGUGAGGUCCCAUCUCACCUUCUUCGCUUGAAAGUGGAAGUGGAGAGAAAUCGAGUGGCUGUGAUACUCCAAGACUGCAAAGCAGAGCUGGACAGAGAGCUGCAAGCCCUGUCAGGCACAUGCACCAGCGAGCGAGUGAUCAAAGAGCACAGAACUUUCUUCAAGGAACGCAAACCUCUGACUUUGUGUGAGAAGAGGAUUAGAAACAUGGAGGAUCUGUGUCAUAAGUUGCCUGACAAUGACCUGGCUUAUCAAAAGCUUGACUCAACCAGAAAGGCUGUAGAAGAGGUUACAGAACAAAUAAAAAUCAUUCACCUGAAACUGGAGCAGCACCCUGACAAAUGGAAAGAAUGGAAUGAGAGGUUCUGCGAGCUUACUGACUGGCUCUCAUCUCAGAGAAGGCAAGUGUUGCUCUUGAAAGAAAUGGCAAUGAAUUCCCAUCAUCAGGAGCAAGUUGAUGCUGCUGUUCAGGCACUGCAGCAGGCAGUGGACACUCGUGAAGAGAGCCUUCUGUGGCUAAAGAGUCGCCUCGCUGGCCUGUCUGAGGUUAGCUCUGAACUUGAAGUCCAGAGACAGAGAGCGGCUCUGACCAAACUUUCAACUGACCUGCGGGCGCUCUUAUCUUCACUCUGCCAGGUGAGUGAAGAGGGAUCUGCUGUGUUCCACUAUGGGGAGCUGAGGGAUGAAGUCCAUGGCACUCUGGAGCAGGUUUUGAGGGCCCAGAAAGAGGCUGAGGAGCAGUCGCUCAGGAUACUGAAUGCUGAGAGCCUGGAGGAGGCCAAACAGCUUUAUCUUAUUCACCAGCAACACCUAAAACAGCUGCAUGCUAACAGGAGAGAGGCCGAGCUCCUGGUGUCUCACUGCCGCCAGUUGCAGUCGGGUGAGAUGCUCCGUCAGUCUCUACGUGAGCUAGAGGGAGCUUUCAGCCAAGCUGACUGCAAAGCAGGGGCCAAGGAGCACAACCUGCAGGCAACUUUGGGCUCUUGGCAAGAAUUUGAGACGGAGAGAGAAAUGGUUUGGAGGUUCAUCAGCAAUGCUAACAAUGAACUGCACAAAGAACUGAUUUUCAACAGCUUGGACAGCUUGAGAAAAGAACUGGAGAAUAACAAGGAGCUUUUCAUAGAGUUUGAGGAGUACUCUGUACGAGCAGAUAUGCUGUUGGAGAAGGCAGCAGAUAUUCAGCUUGGUCCAAAGAAUCAGGGUCUUCUUCUCCAACAGGCCCAGUCCACCAGAGAAGCAGUCGCACAACUUGAAAGACACCUAAAAGAAAAUGUUGUCCAGCUGGAGAGGAUUUGCUUGCGAUGGGAGCGUUUCAGUCGUGAAUCAGAGGCUUUCUCUCUGUCAAUCAAUGAGAAAGAGCAGGAGCUGGAGGCUCUCAGCACCAUUUCCUCCACCGAUCCUUUAGAUAAACACAUCAGAGCUGUAGACAUGAUAAGGGACCGUUUGGAGGAGAGAAGGGCAGCUUUAGCUCACAUGGAGCUUGAUUGUGAGGCCCUGUCCAGGUUUGUGACCCCUGGAGAGGGCGGACGUAUUCGUGCCCAACUUAUCCACGCAAGGCGAUGGCAUGAUGAGCUAAUGGGGAGAGUAGAGCAGCUUGGCGUUCACCUCAACCAGAAUGCCUCCUACAGGCAGCGAUGCAAUGAUAACCUUGAACAGCUCAAGAAAACGAUGAGUGAUCUUAAAGAAAAACUGGACUGUCCAAUCACAUUUUGCUCAUCGUCAUCAGAGACCUACAAAAUCCUCCAGGACCACAUUGAGCUCUGCCAGAGUGUCGAGCAGCUGAAGCCCGGACUGAUGGCACUGUGUUCGGCCACUAAGAGGCUUGCAGAGGGCAGCCAGCUGGAAGAGGAGGCGGCUGACCUCCAGAUGCAACAGAGACAGUUAACAGGAAAGGCUACAGAAAAGCAAUCCACAUUAGAGAGCCUAUUAGCUCUGUGGCAAAGAUAUGAAAAGGAGAAUUCAUCCAUGAAAAGUUGGCUGGACAGGUGUGAAUCCGUGUGCUGCCCAGACGCUGAGCUGCUGUCUGCAGAUAAAGUGAAACUUAGGAAUGAACUACAAAUUGUGCAGGAAAUGCUGGGAGAGACUGAGUCUUAUGAGGCUCUCCUCCAGGGUCUUGUGAACCUCAGGCUUUGUCUGUAUCCCUGUGCACCUGAAGCUCGUAUGCAAGAGCUCAGUGAUGACCUCACUCAACUUCAGGAGAGAUGCGCUUUUAUGAAAAUCAGCAUAUCACAAAGGUGUAAGCUCCUGCAGUUGCAUUUGGAGCAGUUGGAGCAGUUUGAUAAGACUCUACUAACUGUAACGCAAAGAAGUGAAAACUUCCUGUCUAGCUUGAGAAGCUCUUCUUAUGUGGAUAUUUCCGACCUUGAGGCGGCAGUUACUAAAUUAAAGGAACAUGAGGCACAGCUGCAAGAAGACACACUGCUGAGAGAGACUCUUCAUCACAGAGUGUCGUCCCUGCUUGGUUGUUCCACUCCCGAGGCUCAACAGCAGCUUCAAGGCUGGAGGGAGGACUGCUUACAACCCCUCUGUGAAUCCCAGCGUCUCCUGCUUGUCCGUAAAGAGUGCCUCUCUGAGUUGAAGUCUUUCCUUGAGAAGCAUGAGAUGGCAACCGAGGCCGUAUGCCGCCUUCGUGAAGCGGUGGAGGGCAGGGGGAGCUGGGACCACUCCAAAGCUGAGGAACUGCACCGUGGAAUUGUCGAAGUGGCUAAAGAUGUGGCCCGACUUGAGGCUGAAGCCGUGGGGUUAGAUGGACAGCUAAGUAAAGCACACCUGCACCUGUAUGGACCUGACGAUGUCAGUCAUGUACAUGGAAGAACAUCUUGCAGAGGACAGGCAGUGGCCCUCACAAUGGCUCUGGAGGAGGUCCAGAGGGGGGUUGGAUGGAGACAAAGUGAAGCAGAUGCUUUAGGGGCUUUAUGGUGCUCCUUCAGAGAGAGAAAGGAGGAGGUGAUGAAGAAUUUGAAGAAACUGGAGGCUGAUGCCAGACAGGAGGGGUCCAGAGAGUGCUCUGUACAGGCGUUCCAGACCAGGCUGCGUUUCUUUGUCCAGCUGGAGGAUGAGCUCCAGUCACUGCAGCACUCCCAGCAAUGGUUGGAGGAGAAAGGAAACCAGUUGGCCCAGAGAGACAGUGAGCUGGCAGGAGAAGCUCUCCGGGAGGUGACGCUGGUGAAGACAGCCUGGGAGACUCUAAAGACACUGAUAACUAAUAGUGAGGAGCAGAGUGGAGCUCUGGUCGAUCUUCUGCGUUUGUUUUUCCACCAGAAGUCAGCUCUCACCACUGUUAUGGAAAACGCUCAGGCUGUUGCUCACAAUCUGCCCGACCAUAACCAUAACGCUCAGGAGGCCAAAAGUACCUUCACACAACACGAGGCCGUCCGAGCUGAGCUCAGUGAAAAGCAGGAGGAGAUGGACCAGCUUAUCACCAUGGUGGAGGAGCUGCAGAGAGAGCUGGACAAGGUUCCUCACUCCGACAUGAGCUGCAUCCAGAAAGACAUGGAGGCUCUCAGAGACGAGUGGCUGGGGGUGUCAGAAAAAAUUCAAACCAACACAGAGAGACUUGGCUACUGUGUUGCACUCUGGGAUGACCUCAAGGCCAUGGACCAGGACAUCAACCAGUGGACAGUGGCCUCCAUCACUGAGCUCAGCGACACCAUCAGCAGUCUCGGGAACAAGGAGCAGGCAGAAGCCCGACUGGCUACCUUUCAGGCUGAGGUUGGAAAGAGGGAGCAGUGGCUGGAUGUCCUGCAGGAGAGAGUGGCAGAACUGAAGCAGAGAGCCAAACUACAGGAAACACCAAUACAGAUGCAGGUCCUGGAGUCGGAUCUAAGGAAGAAAAUGUUCCACGCGCAGGAGGUGUUCAAUCAGGCCAAACACACUCUGACCUACUUCAACUUCCAGAAGCAGCGGCUUGAGGACCUCAUGUCUCAGAUGACAGAGCGGCUAGAUGUAGCUGAGGGUUCCUUAUCGGACCUCACUGAAGCUGGUUCUCUUGAAGACAUCCGUACAGUUAAGGACCUACAGAGUGUUGUUCAGCAACAGAGGGCAGAUAUGGACUCGGCGAGAGAGGCCCUGACGUCCCUGAGCAGAUCACAUCCCUCUCAAGAAUUAUCACGCCUUUCAUCUGAUCUCACCUCCAUUGCCAAGCGAACGGAGGCUGUUGCCCAACGCUGUGCAAAAACCAGGGGCACCCUGCAGGAUGGACUACAGCUCCACUUUAACAAGCUUGUCCAAGAUUUCAAGUCCUGGCUCACAGAUGUGAAGUUGGAGCUGAAAGACUGUUUUAACCAAUCAGGCGAUGUCGCCGUCCUUGGAGCCAAGUUACAAAGACUAAAGGGGUCUGAUGAGCAGAUAUCGGAGGGUGAGAAGCGUCUCUCUCAGAUUUGUGAGGAGGCCGAGAACCUCCAGCUCCACCUGAGCAGAGCCGGAGCAGCACAGGUCCAGGAGAACCUUUCUGCCUGUCAGAAAGAGUGGAAAAACUGUCUUGACGUCUGUUCUCAGAGCCAACAAGACUUGCAAGAGACCAUUGACCUUCUGAAAAAUUUUGAUGAUUCUGUGGAGGAUGUAACCGACUGGAUGAGGCAGAUGAAUCUCAGCCUCAAGAGUGAGCCUGUUCUCAGAUCAGAGAGCCCACAAGGCCCUCCAGACAUCACAGAAGAGCUGGUUAGAAUGGAAAACAUCCAUAAGGAUCUGAUGGCAAAAAGGGAGACUAUUGAACAUCUCUGCCAUGAGGCCCAGGCUCUGUCUGAAUCUGCCCGGGGGUCAGGAGGAGAGGUCAGAGUGACAGGCCAGCUCCAGACGGAGUAUCAAGCCAUGUUGAAGGCAGCCAGGGAGAGGCUGCGAGGCUGCCAGGAGAGUCAGGCCUUUGGAGACAUCCUCCAGGGAGUUUGGGUCUGGCUGGAGGAGAUCCAGGAGCGACUGGGUACAGUAGAUAGCACGAUGGGAACCAAAGAACAGCUAGAGCAGAGGCUGGAGACAGUGCAGGACAUCCUGCUUUUGAAGGGAGAAGGGGAGGUCAAGUUGAAUAUGGCGAUGGGCAAAGGUGAGCUGGCCCUGCGUUGCUAUGGAGCUGCUGGACAGGAAGUGGUCCGCUCUCAGCUACAGGAAGUUGAGGAUGCAUGGGCUACACUACUUGUUACAGCCAUGAGCUGCCACAGCCGAUUGGAGUGGACAGUGUCACAGUGGGGAGGAUAUCUUGAGAGCGCCGCCCAGCUGCAGGGUUGGAUGGAGGCUAUCAAACGAGAGAUGAUUGCUCCUCUCAUACCCCAGCCAGGACCCAGAGAGAAAGCCUCCCAGCUGGAGAGGCUUAGAGCCCUGCUGGGUGACCUUGAAGACCACCAGAUGGCACUCUCCAGCCUCGAAGAAAAAGCCAGAGAACUCUUCAAGAAAACUGGUGACGCUAGCUUUAACCAUGGUGCUCGUACCCAGCUGCAGGUGCAGUUUGAUGACCUCACAGCUUUGGUGGAGGAGAGGGUACGUUUGGCACAGGCUGUAGUGUUGGAGCACCAGGACUACUUGGAGGCUGUACGGGAGCUCACUGAUUGGCUGAUGACUGCAGGGGAGGAGCUGCAGCAUUGGUCUGAUGCAUCAGGAGACUCAGUCUCCAUCAAAAAGAAACUGUCAGAAGUGAGGGAGCGUGUGGAGUGUCGACUCAUGGAGGGCCGAGAACGCCUCAGCCGGGUUCGUCGCAACGCCGCCACCACAGCGGAGCACACGGCGGCAGGUGGCUGUGAAGCCAUAGAUCGACAGCUGGGGGCGCUGUCACACGCCCUGGAGCAGUGGGAGGGGGCCGCUCUGAGAGCCAGAGAUGGCCUGGAGGGGGCCCUUGCGGCUGCUGCAGCUUCGGAGGAGGAAUACGCCCGUCUAACUUCCCGCCUGGAGGAUGAACUAAGGGAGUUUGAUGGAUGUUUAAGGGGGUGGAGCCAGGAGUUGAUUAAAGCUGAAGGACGGAGCAAUGGCGAGGAAGCAGUGGAGGGAUGGAAGCUGGCUAAGGAUAUUCUGGAGGGCUUGCAGAGCGUUGAGCCGAUGGCAGAGAAACUGAAAGGGCAACUAAAUGACCUGGUGCGAUACUCCAGAGACUUGGGCUCGCAGUCAGACAGAGUCACUGCACUUAUCAAACAGCACAACAGUCUCAGUCUUCGUGCAUCCAGGGAGUGUCAAAAUAAGGAGCGUUUGUUGGAGCAGAGGUUUCGUGCAGCCCUGAGAGACUUCCAACAGUGGCUGGUCAAUGCCAAGAUUAGUACCGCCAAGUGCUUUGAUGUGCCUCAAACCGUCACAGAGGCCUCCACUGCUUUACAAAGAAUCCAAGAGUUCUUGAAUGACAGAGAAAAUGGCCAGGCCCGGCUGAGUACAGUAGGAGCCUGUGGGGAGCUGCUGAUGGCUGUGGUGUCCAAAGACAGAGUGGAGGGAAUCACGGCAAAAGUGGCAAAUGCCAGGGAGGAAUGGAAGAGCUUGAUGAGUAACCUGCAGAUGAGAGAAGAUGUACUCAAGAACCUGCAAGCCCAGAUGACAGAGUUUGAGGCCAGUGCCGAGCCUCUGCAGGACUGGCUCACCAACACAGAGGUCAGAGUACAGGAGAGCAGCACUCGGAUGCAUGACCUUCCAGCCAAGAAAUACGAACUCUGCAAACUUCAGUGUGUACUGGAGGAGAUGGCCAGUCGGGAGGUAGAGCUGGGCAGGCUGAGAGAAAGGGCUCAUCGUCUCUGGGAGGGACAAGCAGCCGGAAAAGGCUUCGUCCACAGAGUAUCUCAACUCUCAGCACAGUACCUAGCACUCAGCAACUUAACCAAGGACAAGGCUUCAAGGAUUGAACGUAUCGUUGGGGAACACCGACUUUUCUCCGAAGGACUUAAGGAGCUUCAGGAUUGGGUGUGUGAGGCACAGAGGGUCAUCAACACCUUCACCUCCACCACCACAGACAAAGGCGUGUUGGAGGACCGCAUGUUACAACUGGAAGCCUUACUUGCUGCUCGUCAGGGAAGGGAGAUCCAGCUGAAAAUGUUGCUGACGCGAGGAGAAGCUGUCCAGAGGAAUACUUCGGCUGAGGGGGUCCCAGUGAUCCGGAAACAGAUCCAAGACCUCAAAGACUCAUGGGACUUGUUGCUUUCUGCCUCAAUCCAGUGUAAAAGUCAGUUGGAAGGGGCUCUUUCGCAGUGGACCAGCUAUCAGGAGGACGUGGGGCAGUUCGUGCAGUGGAUGGACCAGGUGGAAGAGACACUCAGCUGCACAGACAGACAGUACUCUGAGAUGAGAGACAAGACCGCUAACCUGGGAAAGACAAAGCUUCUUUAUGAGGAAGUACUGAGUCACAGCAGUCCUCUGGAGACCAUUGCUACCAAAGGUUCCAACAUGGUUGAGCACUACACGACCCAGCAGGAGGUGCAGCAGCUGCAGUGUAGAUACAACAACCUCAAAGAAAAAGCUAAGAAUGCUGUUAGUAAGGCCAAGGAGCUGGUGCUGGUCCAUCAGGAAUAUCAAAGGGGUUUGCACGAGUUCGAGGACUGGCUGGAGCAGGAACAGGCGUCUCUGGCAUCUCUGUCUCAUCCAGAGGGAAAUGUGGAUACGCUUGAGAAAACCCUGCAGCAGCUCCAGAGUCUACAGGAACAUUGCAUAAAUGGCCAGUCUUUGCUCACUACUGUGCUGGCCAGCAGAGACAGAGUAAUCCCCUGGGGCAUACCUCAGAUUGAAGACCGGGCCCUGGACACUGUUCAGAGAGAGUGGGCGGCCCACCAGAGCCGCCUGGAGGAAACUCAAGCUCAACUGCACUCCACACUGACCCGGCUGAGGCAGAUGGGUCAUAGGUUCUUGAACCUGGCUCAGUGGCUGGAGGACAUGGAGAAGGCGGCAAAUAUCAGAAGUAACCGGCGGUCAGACGGAACCAUCAAGCAGACCCAGCUGAAGAAACUCCAGGGCUAUCUUGAAGCAGCGCUAACACGGCAGGGAGAAGUCGACGGCCUAUCAUCUCUGGCCCAGCAGGUUUUGGAGGAAACUUACAUCAGUAGUCGUGUCAGUGUUACUGCCACCCAGCUGACGGCUCGCUACCAUUCCCUGCUGCUCAACAUUCAGGAUACCAUCAAGCACCUACAGGAGGAGCUGAGAAGCAUUGAAGAGGCAGAAAACCUAUGCAUAUCCUUUACAGAGUGGUUCAGCUCAACUCAGAGAAGCUUCACAACCAUAGCUGAUCGUUCUGAAUCUCUGGACCGGGUUACCAUGGAGAGGAAGCUGAAGAAACUAGAGACUCUGCAGUCUGAGCUCCAGCAUGGUCACACUUCCCUGAAAUCCCUGAGGGAGCGGGCAGAGCAGGCAGCAGGCUUCCUGAACGACGCCGGAGCUGAAAGUUUAGGGGGAGAGGUAGAAGCACGUCUUAGCCAGCUGGAGGAGCUCGCAGGGGGACUUAGGCAAGAGCGCAACUUCCUGGAACGUGCAUUACUGCUAGCUAAGGAGUUUCAGGAGCGGUACAAGGCUCAGGCCCAAUGGCUUGUAGAGACCCGGGUUCUGCUCAGCACCCCAGUGGAGCCCAAGGCUGAGAUGUAUCAACGGAGAGCACAGCUGGCUAAGUAUAAGGCCAUUUUGCAGAUGGUUCAGUCCCACGACGGAUCCGUCAAGUCAGUGAUGGAGAAGGGAGAUGCUCUGCUGGCGUCUGUCCACUACCCCUCCAUUAGAGACAAAAUGCACAGACUGCAAAAAGACUACGCUGAACUUUGUAAAGCUGCGAUGGCUCAUGUGGAAAACUUGGAAGGCCAGGUAAAGGAACAGGAAGCGUACCACAACGAACUCCAGGAAGUGGAGCGCUGGCUGCUGCAGAUGUCCAGCAGGAUGGUGACUCCUGAUCCAAGCGUGAGCGGCAGCCUCGAGGCAGCAACUCAACAGCUGUCCAGACACAAGGCCAUCAUGGAGGAAAUUGCCGGCUUUGAGGAUCGUUUGGCAGGCCUAAAAGAGCGAGGAGACCACCUGGUACAAGGCUGCAGUGACCGUGUGCAGAGCAGGCUGAGACAGCAGGUUCAGGCUCACCAGCAAGGCAUCAGAGACAGCUACUCUGCCAUCUGUAGCACAGCGCAAAGAGUUUAUCAAAGUCUAGACCACGAGCUGCAGAGACAUGUCAGUCUGCAGGACACACUGCAACUCUGCCAGACCUGGUUGUACUCUGUUUCAGAAGAAACAGAGCCCCAUACACAUACUUUUGCCAGCCUUGAAGAGGCUCUGCAGCAGGUGAAGCAGGAGCGAGCUCUCCAAGAACAGGCGAGCACAUACUUCCAGCUUGUGUGUUCAGCAUGUGACCUGUCGGAGUCGAGGGUCAGGGAAACGGCAGCAGCUAUCCAGCAGGUCAAACUGCAGAUUGAGGAGCGUAUGCUUCUUAGUGAAGAAGUAGCCGACAGCUGGCGGGAAAUGGAGGAACAGACGGCAGAUCUGGAGACCCAGCUUAGAGAAACGGAACAGGAACUUCAGAACCUCAUCAGGAGACCUGCGGAGCUGGAGCCCAAGAUUGCACAAAAUCAGCUGGACAAGGCGCAGGAAUUCCUCCAACAGAUUAGAGAGAAACAAUCUGAGGCGACUCAUUUGAACGACGCCAUCAGCAGGUUGACGGAUGGACAGGUCUCUCCUGCACUGGAGGAGAUAAGGAGGCUGAAAAGAGGCUGGAUUGUGCUGGGCCAACGGGUGGAAGAGCUGGAAGCUCAGCGUGGGGAGGACAUGCAGCGAAGUGGAGAGUUCCAGGAGAGUGUAGUUGCUGUGGAGGAACUCUUCCACCAAGUGUCCAGGGAAUGGGACUACCUUGCCAGGGCUGACACAGAGAGUACAAGUGAGCAUCUAGAGGCUCUGAGGAAGCUUUCUAGUGACCUAGAGGAACAGAAGGAGACCCUUGAAGACCUAAGAGACCAGAGACAAGUUAUCCUGCCUCGACUUAGCCUGCUAGAUAAAGAGCUGGUCAAACAACAGGUGGGCCACCUGGAGCAACGCUGGGCCCAGCUUGAAACUCUUAUUCAGCAGAAGAUUAAGGAUUCUGCUCAGACACUAGAGGAUCUCGCCCAGGUGGAAACCCAGCUGAGAGAUGCGAGAGAGUGGGUGGAGGAACAGCGGCCUGCACUCACCUCUGCACUGAAAACCAGCCCACCCCCCGAUCUGGCCCAGAGUUUUCUCUUUGACCACCUCAGCGUAUGUGUGGAACUGGAGGCGCGUCAACAGCUGCUUGUUCAGGCGGUGAGCGAAGCUCAGGCCGUGGCCUCCCGGCUGGGGCUGAGUGAGAAGAGAUGCUUGCAGGAGCUUGUUGAACAAGCCCAGAUGGAGGUGGAGGCUCUUGGGGCUCAGGUUGCCCAAAGGAGGAAGUAUCUCAGUAAGGCCUUCACAGAGCGGACACAGUUCCUUCAAGGCUUAGGGAGAGCCUUGCUGUGGGUGCAGCAGCAGGAGAGGAAGGCGUUGUUGGAUGACCACAUAGCACUCCUUCCAGAGGAUCUGGCCAAACAGGUUUCUGCGUGUCAAGGUGUCCACAGUGGCUUACGAGCAUAUCAAAGGGAGCUGGCAUCGCUCUGGAUGCAAGGGCGAGAAUUGGAGAGAGAUGCCACUGACAAAGAAAGAGCUGAAACGCUGGCGAAACUGGAGGAGGUUCAGGCGGCCUUUGAAACGGCCCUCCAGAGGACCACCCAGCGUCUCAGUGGCUUAGAGAAGGCCUUGACCUCCAGGAAGUACUUUCAUGUGGACCUGGACAAGACUUGCCACUGGUUAAGGCAAGCAGAUGCCAUAACAUUCCCUGAAAUCAAUUUCAGUAGUGUUGAUGAGAACUUGCAAAUCCAAGAAAAAGAUUUGCAAACACAACUGUCUAACUUUCAAAGUGUCUUAGAACAAGCUUCAGAGUACGAGAACCUCCUCCUUAUUGUUCAGAGAAUAGGCCAGGAAAUCCUUCCGACUCUGAACGAGAUCGAUCAUUGUUACCUAGAUGAGCGCCUCAAUGCACUGCCUCAGCAGUACAAUGCCAUCCUAGCUCUUGCCAAAGAGAAAAAGGACAGAGUGCAACAGAUAGUCUUAGAGAGAAAAGAGUUCAGCACUUUCUUCGAUAUAACUCGCAAUGCACUGGAGGAGAUUCAGGAGCAAUUUGACAAUCUAGAGAAGCAGACUAUCAGUGUUAAAGCGGAGGAAGUCGUUACUUUAAUGAAUGAAUACAGAAGUAUUGAAGAAAGCUUGGUCCAUGUCAGCCCUGCUGUUAGAGAACUGCAUGGCAAAUGUGAAGGAUUUCUCAGCAGAGGUCUGCAAUACAGAACUGAGGAGACGCAGCAGCUGGUCAGUCUCCACACUGCACUAAAAAGGCGACACAGUGAGAAGAUAAAACAGCUAAAUGACUGUUUGAUUAUACAGGUAGAGCAUGACAGGGUGUUUUCACUAUUCGACUUAGAGCUUGAGUCAGUAAAGGAAGAGCUGGUCAGAGUAAAAUCAAAUAAAGGAAUAAGUGCCCUAGAAAAAAUCACAAGUUUGUAUUCACUGCUGGGACGUCUGGAAGGCGUGAGUGCUCAGGGUGAAGAAUUUGAUCAAAAAACCAAAACCCUUCAUCUGAAGUUUGACGCUGCUGCCUUCCCUGACACUAAACUGCAACUGGAGUCUCUGCGAUGUGACAUUGAAUCUUUUGUUGAGGAAAAUGAAAUAGCCACCACAAAGAGUGAUUUUACAAGAGAAGCUGAGAGGAUGUUGGAGUGGUUGAAUGCUGUUAAAGAAAAGCUGAAGGAGCCUUUCAGCCUUUCAGAGGCGAAAACUGAGAGGAUACACGAGGAGAAAAGGAAACUACAAAUCCUAGGAGAGGAAAUGAAAAGUAGACUGAAGGUGGUGGGCAUCUUGGGUAGCAGAGAAAAGCAAAACAAGGAAAGUAGCAAAGAAAUGGUUUCAGCCCACAUCGAAGAAAAAUUGGGAGUGCUGACAAAGCUGGGAGCUGAAGUUCAACAAGAAAGUGGCACAAAACAGCUGGCUGUGGAUCAAGCUCUUUCCCUGGUCCAGAGAUACCACUUAUCUCAGCAGCGCACGCAGAAGUGGCUGGACUCUGCAGCCGCUUUGCUCCACGGGGCCAGCACCGGGGUGGAGCUUGAGAACUUCACAGAGUUAAUGAGACACCUGGACGAAACUUCAGCCCAGGAGAAGAACAUUGCAGCUGGUCUGGAGGAGAUGAGGACUUUGGAUCCUCUGCCGGUGGAUUUAGUGAAUGCAGGAGUGAUGAGAGAGCUCCGAGAAAAGGUUCAGGCAAUGCACCUGAGGAACACAGAGGUCAAGCAGCAGGUGUAUGCUUACAAAGAAGAGCUGCAGAGGUGUGGUAUUCUUUGGAGCUCAUUUCAAAAUGUGAAAAAGACACUGGUUGAACAGAUGAAUGAUUUAGAAAGCAAGAUGGCCACAUUUACCACUUCUAAAGCCAUCAGUGUCCACGAGGCAGAAGAUAAAUGUCAAAGACACCAGUCUCUGGUGGCUCACAUUGACAUGCUGGAGCUGCCUCUGAAUGCUGUGAGAGGGAAUGUAACAGAGCUGGAGCAAAUCAUCUCUGAAUCUGGCAAAACCGUCACCAGUCACGCUGUGUCGUCACUAUGGCAACGGUGGACCAGGCUCUGCAGUGUGGCCCGAGCCCAGCAGAGGGCUCUUGAGGACACUGCCAAGGAGUGGAAGAACUUCAUUGACAAGAUGGAGAAGGUGCGCUCUGUGUCCAAAGACCUUCACAGUCGCGUCCCAGACAGCACUGUUGAGAAGGCAGCCACCAGGGCGGCGCUCCAGAGCCUCCUGGAGUACCAUGACUCUUUCAGCCAGGAGGUGGAGAGGGAGCAGUCCAUACUGGCCCUGCUGUGGCAGCAAACUCGCUGUCUCAGAGGAGAAGAGGAGAAGGAGGAGGCGAUGGAUAAAAAGAUGGAGAAUGGUCAUGAAGAGACACUGUGUCGACGAGAGAUCAGAAGCAUGCAGGAGCAAUAUGAUGGAUUGUUGUUGCAGGUGUGGGUCAGCAGGACUCAGGUACAGCAGGAGUUGAGAGAAAGAGAGGAGGUUGAGAAGGAGCUGGGCUUAGUCAAAGGCUGGAUACAAGACACCCGUGGCUUAUUGCUGAGUCCCACUGCAGACCUGGAUUCACUGCUGCAAGAACUUGAGACCGCACAUGGUGAGGUCAUCAGCAGACGUCAGAGUGUGGAGCGCAUGGCAGAGCUGCAGCAGUCAAAGUAUCAGGACCUUCAAGCUGGUCUGCCCUCCGAGCUGAGCAUGCAGCUAGCUGAGGUGGCUUUGGCUUUGGGUUCUGCUGAAGAUCAGGUGCAGGCAAGGGAGAGAGAAGUGCAGCAGACCAGAGAUGUGAAGGAGGAUUUCAGCUCCAGACUUCAGGACAUUGAGGGGAAGCUGAAGACCAUCACUGGAAAAUUGGAGGACAAGAGUGCUGACCUAGAGGAGGCCAAAGAAGACACCAAAGCUCUUUUUGAAGAGUGCGAGUCCUGCGGCUCCUCUCUGGCAGAGUUAGGAGCGGCCGUGCAGGGGUUCGGAGAGCACAACCCACUUUUGUGUAAGCAGCUGGGUGAUGCUGUAGUUAAACUGAUGGAGCUGCAGCGUCACACUGCACAGCGGGUCCAGGACAGAGUCAGCAGACUGAAGAAGGCAGAGAGACAAGUACAGGAGUAUCAGCACUCAAGGGCAUUCAUACUGGGCUGGGUAGAAAAAGCUGAAGCUCUGAUCACUGGGAAUAUCAUCUGGAGCUCUUCCUCCCAGUUGCAGGAGCAAAUCCGAGCACACCAGGCGUUGCUGCGGGAGUGCAGAGGUCUCUAUGGUGAUUUGGAGGCUUUGGGGGAGAGGGAGGGGCAGCUGGCAGAUGUGCUGCGGAAGGGGGGGUGGAGUCAGCAGGUAAAACACCUCAGCAGAUGCACAGAAGAGCUGCAGCAAUCUGCCAAGACCCGCCUCCAGAGUCUGCAGGAUGCAGCUAAGGACAUGUUACGCCUUGAGGCGGAGGUGAAGAGCCUCCACGCUGCAGUAGAUCAGAUCCAAGUCACACUCGCUUCCCCUGAUCUCAACAAGCUCAGCCUCAGGGAGCAGCUCACCCAGAGACAGCGUCUGCUGGUAGAAAUGGAGGGCUUUAAACACCAGGUGGCUGCAGUUCAGAAGUGCCAGAGCGCCCUCCGGCUGCCUGAAGAGGUAGUGGCCAGUCUGCCUAUCUGCCUAACGGCUCAGACUCUGCAGCAAGAGGCCAGCCAGCUGCAGCACACCACCAUCCAGCAGUGCAACAUCCUCCAGGAGGCUGUGGUGCAGUAUGAGCAGUAUGAACAGGAAGUCAAGAGUCUCCAGAGAUUAAUAGAGGAUGCUCAUCGCAUCAUUCAGGACCGGCCUGUCUCCACCAGCAACAUACAGGAACUUCAGGCUCAGAUACACCACCAUGAGGAGCUGGCUCAGAAGAUCCGUGGCUACCAGGAGCAGAUUGCCUCGCUCCACUCCAAGUGUAAGAUGCUGACAGUUAAGGCCAAACACGCCACCAUGCUGCUGACGGUCAGUGAGGUGGAGGGCCUUUCAGAUGGGAUGGAGGAGUUGAGUGAUGAGGAGCUGCCCAGUGUUGUGGCUAACGCUGGCUUGGCUGGCUCCAAGCAGCUUCCAGCACACCCCUCUGUUGUUAUGAUGACAGCCGGCCGCUGCCACACGCUGCUAUCCCCUGUGACAGAGGAGUCAGGGGAGGAGGGCACCAACAGCGAGGUCUCCUCUCCCCCUGCCUGCCGCUCCCCGUCUCCCGGGGGUAACGCUGACACUCCUCUUAACCAGGGUCGAGGUGCACUGAGUCGAGCACCACUUCAGGAACUGUAUGACCCGUCGAUGGAAAGCAGUGCUGCUAACCUGGAUGACCUGCAGAGAUCCUGGGAAACACUCAAAAAUGUGAUCAGUGAGAAGCAGAAGAGCUUAUAUGAAGCUCUGGAGCGGCAGCAACAUUAUCAGGAAUCCCUCCAGUCUAUUUCUACUAAGAUGGAGUCCAUAGAAGGGUCACUCAGUGAGGGCCUGGAGCCCUACAAGACACCCGAGAGCCAGAUGGCUGCACAUCAGGCCCUGAUGGAUGAGAUCCUGAUGCUGCAAGAGGAAAUUGGAGCGCUACAGACGUGUUUCUCGGAGGAGCUGGCAGACGACGGCGAUGGGGAGGCCGGUGACCAGCUAGCUCUCCAGUCUACUCUCACCGUACUGGGAGAGAGGAUGGCCACCAUUCGCAUGAAGGCUUCAGGGAAGCGGCAGUUGCUAGAGGAAAAACUGAGUGAGCAGCUAGAGGAGCAGCGACAGGAACAGGCGCUGCAGCGUUACCAUAGUGAGGCAGAGGAACUCGAUCACUGGCUGCUCAGCACUCGUGCCACCCUCAGCUCUGCCCUUCAGCCCCAAAAUGAAGACAUGGAUAUGGAGGAGCAGCUUAUCGACUGUCAGAACAUGCUGUUUGAGAUUGAGCAGAAGGUUUCGUACCUGUCAGAGCUCUCCGUCCACAGUGAGAGUUUGCUGAUGGAAGGCCGAGCUGAAACCAAGGAAGAAGCCGAGCAACUAACCGUCAAACUCCACUCCCUCAAAGACAGCCUGCUGGAGCUGCAGCAGAUGCUGCAGGACAAACAGGUGGACAUACAGGGUUCGUUGCAGGAGCAGGAGGACAGUGAGCCAGAUUCUUCUCUGUCCCAGAGUCCGAAUGUCCAGGACUGGCUGUCGCAGGCCCGCUCGACACGCUCGAAACAACACCACAACCAUCUGCUUCAACAAAGGGAGCUGCAGGAGCAAGUGGCUAAUCAGAGGAAGCUGCUCCAGUCUGUAGCCAGUGUCGGGGAAGAGCUACUCAACCAACAUAACACACCGAAUGGGGACAGUGAGAUGUCCAUCCCUGUUGGAGUGUUGCUGGAGACAGAGACCGUGUCUCCUCUGGAGCAGAUGAGACAGAGAUGGGAAAACCUGAACAAAGAUCAGAGCACCAAGCUGCAGCUGUCCCUCAACUCCCUGGAACAAGACCAGCUUAGCCCGGUCCUUCACCGCUCCCGACUCUCCAGUCCCAGUGUGGUGUUCAGAGGGGAAGUUUCUAGCCAAAUCUCCCGCUCUCCCUCGACAUUAUUUGAAGCCUGCUCCCAGACCCUGGAAAGAAUCAAUGAAGAAGCAGCAGACGGUGACGGUAAACUGGCAUCAUCUUCUGGAGGGACAGCCACCCAGCAGGAUCUGUAUGCUGCAGUAUCAGCAGCCUCCUCCUGGUUAGAUUCUGCUGAGAAUAACCUGCUCUCUGGUCCUGUGCUGCUGUCUGAGGACACAGAAACCCAACUCACAAAUCUAGAGGGUCUGGAUAAGCAACUAAAGGAGAUGACCAGGGAGGUGAACCAUUGCAGAGAUCUGCUGGGUGGAGGAACAAGCCGGGUGUGUGGGGCAGAGGACCGGGCCCUGAUGGAGGACACGCUGGAGGGGCUGCAGGAGAGGAUGGGCCUGCUGGACUCUGCUCUGGAGCAACACUGCGACAACAUGAGGGACAGGCUGCAGGAACAUGCCACUUUCCAGAAUGAACUGAAGAUGCUGUUCACGGCCCUGACAGAAAUCAAACAUCAGGUUUUGCAGAAGACGGCUGGAAUGGCAGACAGACCUGCAUCCAAACAGUCGGAGACAUUGUAUGAGGUGGAUGACAGCCUAAGAGAGUUUGAGCAAAGAGUCACCGAGCUAAGGAACAAAGCAGAUGGACUCCAAUCUGACCAAACGUCCAACCAGGAAAUACUCAAGCUGCAGGAUGCGUAUGAGGAACUGGUGCUCAUGGUGGGCUCCAGGCGGAGUAGCCUGAACCAUGGCCUGUCGCUGAAGGCUCAGUAUGAAGCUGCACUCCGUGACCUCACUGACCUGGUGGACACUGCUCAGGACAAAAUGGCUGCCGACCAAAAGAUGACAGUGGCUUCUGUCAUUGAGGUCCAGAUGUUACUGGAUAAGCACAAAGAGUUUUUCCAGGGUCUGGAAUGUCAUAUGAUCCUCACCCAGACAUUUUACAGUAAAGUGUCAGGUCUAGUGGCACAGAGGGAUAGCCAAGCCUUGGAGGAAACCAUGACUUUGUCUUACAAUGUGCUCAAACAAGCCCACAGGAGGGGAGUGGAGCUGGAGGGCAUUCUGGAGUCAUGGAGCAGACUAGUGGAAGACUAUCAGGCUCUUUGCAGACAGCUGGAGGUCGUGGAGUGUAGCAUCCCCACUGUUGGUCUGGUUGAAGAGACAGAGGAGAAACUCAAUGAAAGGAUCGGCCUCUACCAGUGUCUGAAAGCCAGUCUGACGGAGCAUCAGCAGCAGCUCUACCAGGUCCUGGAGGAGGGGAAGAGGCUUCUCCUGUCUGUUAGCUGCUCAGAUUUGGAGAGCCAGCUGACACAGCUGGGAGAGCACUGGCUCUCCUCCACCACUAAAGUCAACAAGGAGUUGCACCGUCUUGACUCAACGCUCAAACAUUGGACCAGGUACCAGAGCGAGUCAGCAGAGUUGAGCCACUGGUUGCAGUCAGCUCUGGACAGACUGGAGUUCUGGACUACCCAGUCGGUGACGGUCCCUCAGGAGCUGGAGACUGUCAGAGACCACCUCUGUGCCUUUCUGGAAUUUUCAAAAGAGGUGGAUGCCAAGUCGUCUUUACGCUCAUCAGUGCUGAGCACAGGUAACCAACUUCUGCGACUGAAAAGAGUAGAAACAGCCGGCCUGAGAACAGCACUGGGCCAAAUCGACACUCAGUGGGCGGAGCUACUUACUCAUAUCCCUGUCGUACAGGAGAAACUUCACCAGCUGCAGAUGGAGAAACUGGCAUCACGACAUGCCAUCACAGAGCUAAUGAGCUGGAUCUCACUGAUGGAGAACAUCAUAGUGGAAGAUGAAGACAAAAUCAUGGAAGCUGUGGGCUCAGAUGUGGUCCAAAACUUCUUGCAGAAAUAUAAGGGUUUCCGGAUAGAUCUGACCUGUAAGCAGCUGACUGUGGACUUCGUGAACCAGUCGGUGCUGCAGAUCAGCAGCCAGGAUGUGGAGGGAAAGCGCAGUGACAAGACGGAUUUUGCUGAAAAGUUGGGUGCCAUGAACAGAAGAUGGCAGAUACUGCAGGGGCUCAUUGCUGAAAAGAUUCAGCUAUUAGAAGGAUUUGUUGAAAGUUGGUUAGAGCAUGAAAAUGGUGUCCAGGCACUGAAGACCUGGCUCACACUGCAGGAAGAGAAACUGAAGAAGAGACACAGGAUAGAGGAUGUAGCAUCGGUGCAGAAUGCACUGAAAGACUGCCAGGAGUUGGAAGAACAAGUGAAGGAAAAAGAGAAGGAUCUAGAAAAAGCAGAGGAAAGAGGAAACGCUCUCAUCCAGGAUAAGAAAGGUGCAGCCUGCUCGGUUGUUAAGGAGACCAUUAAAGGGCUAAACCAGUCUUGGGCUCAUUUGGACCACAUGAUAAGCCAGAUGAAGGUGAGCCUGCGGUCUGUGCUGGAUCAGUGGACAUUGUAUCGCCGCGCUUCAGAAGAGAUUAACGGUUACCUGAUGGAGGGGAAAUACGCUGUAUCCAGGCUGCACCUCCUUAAUGGGUCUUUGGAGGCAGUGCAGCAGCAAGUGGAGAGUCUGGAGAACCUGCAGGAGGAGAUGGACAAACAGGAGAGCAGUCUGAGGAAGUUCGGCUCUGUAACCCACCAGUUGUUGACUGAGUGUCAUCCCUCUGUGGCUGAAACACUCAACAGAGCACUCCGGGAUGUCAACAUCAGGUGGAAUCACCUACUGGAGCAGAUCUCAGAGCAGCUAAGGAGCAGUAAGGCUUUGCUGGGAUUGUGGCAGCACUACAGGACGCUGUACAACCAGUGUGUGGCAGCAGUUCAGAAACAGGAAGAGCGUACUGAUCGCCUGCUGAGGAGCGCCACAGAGAGGGAAAUCACAGAGGAGGAGAGCAGUGCCUGGAUACGUGACUGCAAUGACUGCCUCGGUCACCAAGAGUCAGUGCAGCAGUUGCUCCAACAGCUGCAGGCUUUAGGGGAGCAGCUGAGGAGCCAAGUUGACGCCUCAUCCUCGGCAUCACUCCAGUCCGACCAACUGUCACUUUUUCAUCGUCUAGAAGCGCUCAAGCACGCCCUUUACAGGCAGCAAGAAGCACUGCAGUCUGGAUCUCAGGCCUGUCAGGGUUUCAUAGAGCGGAUGGAAGCCCUGAUCCGUGAGGCAGAGCAGGCUGAGGAGGCGCUGAAGGAGUCUGACCCAGUCGGCUCGCCGGAGCUCACUGUGGUUCAGGCACGUAUAGAGAAACUUAAGGUGCACUUGUUGAGGCUGAGCAGUCUGUCUCCAGACCUGGAACGUGUGAAUGAGCUGGUUUACAGGAUCCCAGUCAGUGACAGAGAUAUCAAACGGCUCCAAAAUCUCAAUAGAUCCUGGGCGGUUCACACUGCUCACCUCACUGAGAGGUUCAGUAAACUGCAGUCAGUGUUGCUCCAGCAGCAGAAUUUCCUCCAGAAGUGUGAGGCUUGGAUGGAUUUCCUGUCUCAGACUGAACAGAAACUGGCAGAUGAGAUCUCGGGCAACUAUGAGAGUCUGCUGGAGCAGCAGAGAGACCACGAGUUGUUCCAGGCAGAGAUGUUCAGCAGACAGCAGAUUCUUUACUCCAUCAUCAGUGAUGGGCAUCAAUUGCUGGACCAAGGACAAGUGGAUGAAAGUGACGACUUCAGUCUGAAGCUGGCCUUGCUGAGCAAUCAAUGGCAGUGUGUGGUGAGACAGGCCCAGCAGCGGAGAGGCAUCAUCGAUAGUCUGGUGCGCCAGUGGCAGAACUACCAAGAGAUGGCAGAUAAGCUGCGGCGGUGGCUGCAAGAAGUGACCCGUGACACAGACAUACAUCAGCCAGGAGAACCAGUGGCACUGCAGCAAAUCAGAGAUCUGCUCGGUCAGAUACAGCUGAGAGAGCGAGUGCUUCAUAGGCAGCAAGGAGUCUACAUCCUGACCGUGGAGGCCGGCAGGAGUCUGCUGCUGUCAGCCGAUAGCAAGGCCGAGGACACUCUGCAGACAGAGCUCAUGGAGAUCCAGGACAAGUGGAGGCACGCCCACCACCGCCUUGAUCAGCAGAGGAGGGAACUGCAUGGCUCGCUCAAGAACUGGGAGCGAUGUGAGAAGGGCAUAGAUGUGUCACUGGAGAAGCUGAGGGCCUUUAAGAAAAAGCUGUCCGUGCCACUGCCUGACCUCCAUGAGGAGCUACACUCGGAGCAAAUCAGAUGCAAGGAGCUGGAAAAUGGUGUGGACGGCUGGACUGAUGACCUUACUUCCUUGUUCCUGCUGAGAGACUCCUUGGAGGGCGUGGUCAGUGGGGAUGACAUCACAGUUCUACAGGAACGCCUCCAGCUGCUGCAGCGUCAGUGGGAGGAGGUUUCCCAUCAGCUUUCCCUGCGCAGGCAACAGGUGAGCGAGAAGUUGAACGAGUGGGCCGUUUUCAAUGAGAAGAACAAGGAACUGUGUGAGUGGCUCACACAGAUGGAGAGCAAAGUCUCUCAGAAUGGAGACAUCAGUAUCGCGGAGAUGAUUGAAAAGCUACGCAAGGACUACCAAGAGGAGAUCAGCGUAUCUCAGGAAAACAAGCAGCACCUGCAGGUGAUGGGCGAGCGCCUGGCCCGGGCCAGCCAGGACAGCAAGGCCGCAGAGAUCCAGCACAAGCUCAGCAAAGUCAGCGAGCGCUGGCAACACCUGCUGGAUCUUAUAGCCGCCAGGGUGAAGAAGUUGCGGGAGACCCUUGUGGCAGUGCAGCAGCUGGAGAAAAACAUGAGCAGCCUGCGUUCUUGGCUCUCUCACAUCGAGACCGACCUAUCCAGGCCCAUCGUCUACGAGACCUGCAACGACCAGGAGAUUCAGAGGAAACUCAGCCAACAGCAGGAGCUGCAGCGGGACAUAGAGAAACACAGCACAGGUGUGGCGUCUGUGCUGAACCUGUGUGAAGUCCUGCUGCAUGACUGCGAUGCCUGCUCCACAGAGGCCGAGUGCGACUCCAUCCAGCAGACCACCAGAGGCCUGGACAGACGCUGGAGGACCAUCUGUGCCAUGUCCAUGGAACGGAGGCUCAAGAUCGAGGAGACAUGGAGGUUGUGGCAGAAGUUUCUGGAUGAUUAUUCCCGGUUUGAGGACUGGCUGAAGACGUCAGAAAGAACUGCAGCCCUGCCCAACUCGUCUGGAGUUCUCUAUACCAUCGCGAAAGAGGAGCUCAAGAAGUUUGAGGCCUUCCAACGGCAGGUGCAGGAAUGCCUGACACAGUUGGAGCUCAUCAACAAACAAUACCGGCGUCUGGCCCGCGAGAACCGCACAGACUCUUCCUGCCGUCUCAGGGAAAUGGUGCAUGAUGGGAACAAACGAUGGGAUAACCUGCAGAAGAGGGUGGCAGCCAUCCUACGCAGACUAAAGCACUUCAUUACCCAGAGGGAGGAGUUUGAGACGGCACGUGACAGUAUCCUGGUGUGGCUCACUGAGAUGGACCUCCAGUUAACCAACAUAGAGCAUUUCUCUGAGUGUGACGUACAGGCCAAAAUAAAACAGCUCAGGGCAUUCCAACAGGAGAUCUAUCUAAACACUGCAAAGAUUGAGCUAGUGUUCAGGCAGGGUGAAGCUCUGAUUGAGAAGAGCGAACCUCUGGACGCAGCCGUCAUCGAGGAGGAGCUGGAAGAGCUGCAGAGAUACUGCCAGGAAGUGUUCGGACGAGUGGACAGAUACUACAAGAAGCUCACGCGACUGCCCCUGGCGGAUGAUGAGCUUGAUGGUUCAGACAGAGAGCUGGACAUCGAGGAAGGUGGAGAUUUCUCCGAACUGCAAUGGGGCGACUCCACCCUGCCACGGACGUCCAGCCGCCCGGCCUCGGCCACGGCAGCCCUGAUCCGGGCCGACCGCUCUGGACGAGACACCCCGGCCAGCGUAGACUCCAUCCCCUUAGAGUGGGACCAUGACUAUGACCUGAGCAGAGGCCUUGACAGUCCUGGAGGUAGAGGCAUUACGGAGAAGAGGAGCCGAGGGCAAGAUGAAGAGGUUGAGUAUCUGAGGACGACUGCCACGGUGCUCUCAGAUGUAGUUAUUCCAGAGAGCCCAGAGGCCUAUAUAAAACUGACUGAGAACACAUUGAAAUCGUCCUCUGGUGAGCCAGGUCAUCUAGAGACCAGUCUGAGACAACUGGACCAGGCUCUGGAUGCAGGACGCUAUCACCUCCAGCAGAGAGAGGCCAACACCAACCACUCCAGCCCCGACAGCGAGUCCACGUACAUGGGAUAUAUGCGUCUGAUGGGGGAGUGUCGUGGCAGCAUAGAUGCAGUGAAGAAGGCAGAGGGUGAGUUGACUGAAGACGAGGACGAAAUGCCAGGACUCGUCAACUCCACUUGCACAGACACACAGAGCGCAGGUGUGAUUGAGCGCUGGGAGUUGAUCCAGGCUCAGUCCCUCAGCGAGAAACACAAACACAAGCAGAACCUGCAGCAGUGGCAGCAGCUUAUAUCAGACCUGCAGACCAUGAGGGACUGGUUGGGUCAGUCGGAGGUCGAACUCGGCGAGUUGCGAGGUCUCAAACUCAGCACAGACAUACACACCAUCCAGCAGAGAAUCAAGAUGCUCAAGGAGCUGCAAAAGGGCAUGGAUGCUCACAAGUCAGAGGUCCUGUCCAUCAACCUGAGCAGUGCAGACUUCCUCCAAUCAGAUCCCGACUCUGAGGAAGCGUGGGAGCUGCGGGACCAGCUGAAAGAGAUGAACUCCCGCUGGGAUCGGCUCGGCGGCUCACUGGAGGACUGGAGGGAGGAGCUGCAGAGGGCGCUGAUGCAGUGUCAGGAGUUUCAUGAAAUGAGUCACGGUCUGCUGCUGUGGCUGGAGAACAUCGACCGCAGGAGGAACAAGGUGGUGCCUAUCCCUCUCAAAGCUGAUAGUGAAACAUUACGAGCUCAUCACAAAACACUGGCGCAAAUCAAGCUGGAGCUGCUGGACUCUCAGCAGAAAGUAUCGUCCCUCCAGGAGCUGUCGACUCAGCUGCUGGUCAACACUAAACCUCAGACUCUGUUGCUGCAGUCACAAACGCCGAAACAGAUCCAGCCUCAGGGCAGUGAGUGUCUGGAAGCUCAGGAGAAGGUUCAUGUGAUCUGGAACAGGCUGAGACUCCUGCUGAGGGAGGUUGGCUCAGACCUGGAAGAGCUGGAGAAGAGACUGGAGUCCAUGGAGGCACGACAGGACUUCCUUCCAGUAGAAACUGUCCAAUCAGAAAUCUGUGGAUCCGCCAGUGCUGGGUCGCAGGCGACCGUCCAAAGUCACAAACGACUGCCCCGAGACAAAAGUAGUCAGGCCCACCCGGGACACCCUGAGAGCUGCCCGCGCCACAGCCGGAGCGGAUCACCAGGCGCCGCUGGCUGCGUUUCCUCCCGUUUUGACCUUCCGGAUGGCGUCUCCUCGUCAACGUCCUCCUCCUCCUCCUCCUCCUCCAAGGACCGGUCUUUCCUGCUUCGGGUCUUCAGGGCUGCACUCCCUGUCCAGUUGCUCCUGCUGCUCCUUAUCGGCCUGGCCUGCUUGGUGCCCAUGACGGAGGAGGACUACAGCUGCCACCACGCCAACAACUUUGCCCGCUCCUUCCAUCCAAUGUUGCGCUACACCAACGGACCUCCGCCCAUAUGAGGAGCAGCAAACUUGUCUCUACCUACUGCUUUGCCAAGGACUCCACUGACUCUUGUGAAUGUUUCCUCUUCACCCUGUGCCCUAGAGCAGCAAACUCUCCCCCUGCUGGGGAAUAACUUGCAUUAUGAAGUACUUCAAAGGUGAUAUGCAAACCUGUCCCACUAACGUUGCACACCUGAUCUCCUGUAAUCACCUCAACCCUUUAAAAAAACACUCCUGAACAAGUGGACUUCCAUCUGGAGAUCCCUCUUCCUCAGUCCAAAUAUUUCAUGUUGUUUUAACUUAAAUGUCUAUUUUAUUUUUUAAGAUUUCGUUUGAACCUGUCAAACCGUUGAAAAACAAAGCACUAUUUAUAUACUGUAUGUUGGGAGCCAAAGUCAGCUGUGCUUUUUUUUUUUUAGUGCUGCUACUAUUUAUUUAGUGUUCAAUCUGCUAAUAGCUUGUUAGCAACGAUUAAGCUAAAGCACCACCUUAAAAGUUGGAUAUUGUACAUGUAAAAUGUAGAGUAGACUUUGAGUUUGAGUAGCUAUCAUUCAGUCUGAGGUGGGAAAAUGACACAUCUGAAGAUCUGCUCUGAGGAAAUGACUGAAAGAGCACAAAAUAAAUUAAAAAAAACACCUAAAGGGUGAGGUGUAACCAAGUUUUUUUUUUUCCUUCCCUAAAAGAAGUUGCCUGACUUUGGAAAUGAAGUCUUCACAUGUUUAAGCUUAAAAACUGAACCUCUAGCACUGUCAAAGGUACUGCACUGAAUCCCUCAUGUCCAGACGUCUUUCCCCAAAGCCAAGGCUUGUAUUUCAGUUUUAUAAUCAGUAUUUAACUUAAUGACAAAAUUAUAAACAAAAGAUUUGCCCUUGUGACUUAAAAAAAAUAAAUCUGCUUUGUAUAUUAUGUGAAUGCCUUUUAAUACAGGACGUUUUUGUUUUUUUUAUGUUUCUGUUUGAGCAUGCGCUUGAAGAUACCCUGCUUUUAAGGAAGCCAAACAAUCACUGCUAGUGUUUUGGUAGACGGCUGCAACAUGAGAGUGCGCUUUGUAAUAACUGCGACAAUUAUUCUGCGCUGAUGAAACGUCAGCAUCGUUGAAACAGAAUCUGUAAAAAAUGAAAUUAUGAAAAGGGUUAUUUAUGUAUGUACAGUUUGCUAAUUCAUGAAGAUUACUCUCUUUGCAAAUAAAACAUG